AUCAAUUAGCAGAAACAGCUGUCAGCAACUUAACUGUGUGAAACAAUUUGCCGAAAAACAAUGGUUAUUAUACGCCGAAGCGCGUUAAUUGGACAAAUUCUGCGACGCUGUCAUCGCGCAGUUGCAGCAAAUACAAACAAUAAAAACAGCUUGACAUGUUUUCAUGGCAAUUGGCCGCCGGCAGAGCAAAGAGACUUUGAGCAGCACAUGCGCAUUGUGCCGGAGUUCAUCAGCGAGGCAGAGGAGAAACAGUUGCAUGAGGAAAUCGAACCCUAUAUGAGCCGACUGCGCUAUGAGUUUGACCACUGGGAUGAUGCGAUACAUGGCUUUAGGGAGACGGAACGCAAAAAAUGGUAUCCGCAAAAUCGAGAGCUUCUGGAGCGUGUGCGUCUGCUAGCCUUUAAUGGCGCUAUUAUGCCCUACGUGCACGUGCUGGACUUAGCCGCUGACGGUGUCAUCAAGCCGCAUGUGGACAGCAUUCGCUACUGCGGCAACACCAUUUCGGGCAUCAGUUUGCUCAGCGACAGCGUCAUGCGUCUGGUGCGGACAGAUGCCAAAAAGCAUCAGCAAAACGGAACAAGUACCGAAGACGACACCGCGUACCGCCAGCAGCCGGUGACUGCGCUGGAAAACAAUUUCUAUGCGGAUCUACUGUUGCCACGUCGCUCACUUUACAUCAUGAGCCACACGGCUCGAUACAAUUUCACACAUGAAAUUCUGUCCAAAGAGCAUUCAAAGUUUCUUGGCAAGCCCGUGACGAAGGACCGUCGUAUAUCCAUCAUUUGCCGCAAUGACCCGUAGAAACGGCCACUGAUUUUUUUUUAUAUUGUUAACUUAUUAUUUUUGUUUGUUAUGGAAGUGUGUCCGAUUUAGUGAUAUUUUAUUUAGUUUUUCGAAAUUAAAGAGUGAAACAAA